AUGGAGGAUAGCAAAGAGCCACAAGUAGAGCAAUCAGAACUACUAUCACCGGAAGAGGAAGAGGUUCUAAAGAAAAAGUACGGUGGAAUCAUUCCAAAGAAACCACCACUGAUUUCUAAGGACCAUGAACGUGCUUACUUUGAUUCUGCUGAUUGGGCACUUAGAAAGCAAGGUGUUGAGAAGCCUAAAGGACCACAUGAAGCCCUUCGACCAAAACUACAGCCUACACAACAACAAACACGAUACAAAAAGUCUCUUUGUGCUCCAGUUGAGGGUGAAGAUAGAGGAAGUUCUCCCUCAGAGGACGCAUCUGCAAAUGAAUGA